AUGAGUGCGCUACAGCUGGUCCUUAAGCAGAGGCCAGCAUUACUGCGAGCACUGUGUUGUGGUGGCACCUCUGAGCCGUUUGAAUGUGUGCUGGAUUUACUCCUGUCCAGAGGCAUACUGGUCUGGGAGGACUACCAGAGUGUGCAAAUUCCCACCAGACCACUCACUUCCAAUGUCCGUGACCUUCUUGACUUGGUCUACACCAAAGGAGAGGAAGCUUGCAGCUUGUUACUUGCCGCCGUCGGUCAGGUACUUCCUGAGGCCCAGAAAGCUGACCUGUCCUUUGGGAAGUUUAGCUCCAUGAUACUGGACUCAAGGGGGCCUUCCACCAGAAGCAUCCAAACUCUGCUUGCUGACAGGCCUGCGUUGGUGCAGAAUUGUAGGGAGCACAUUGAUGGAGCGUUGGAAGUGCUAUUGGAGACAGGCUGCCUCUCCACCAAAGACUGUGAUGAGAUCCAGCUUCCAGUAUAUACACCCUCACAACAGGUCAGAAGGCUGUUGGACCAAGUGGCUUUCAAAGGUGAACAUGCUGUUCAAACGCUGUUACAAUACUUAGAUCAAGUCCAGGUUACAUCAGGAGCUUCUCAGAAAAAGGAGAAGCAACUCUCUGCAGAAUGUCUGCAAUACCAGAAGAAGCUUCAAAGCUCUAUUUUGGCCCAGUCUCAUUUUCUCAGUACCUAUGGUGGCACUGGAAGGUUCUCCCUGGAUGAUAUCUACACAGAUGGUCUCCUUGAGCUAGCACAGGACUGUGGAAAAUCACCAGUGACCCUGAGCCUGGAGGAUGUUUUGGGACUGGUGGGGACUCUGAACGAGGAAGCGGACACGGUUCUCAUCUCAGGGAAGGCUGGUAGCGGAAAGAGCACGUUACUGCAGAGGUUACACCUUCUGUGGGCCAGGGGAACAUUUCUGACUGACAUCUUACUGGUGUUUCCCUUCAGCUGCCGUAAACUGAACACAGAGCGGAGAAAGCUGUCUCUGAAGGAGCUUCUAUUCUUGCACUGCUGUUGGCCUGACUGCGGCCAGGACCAGAUCUUUCAGUUCAUCCUGGACCACCCAAAUUUGGUCCUGUUCACCUUUGAUGGCCUGGACGAGUUCAAACACAGUUUUUCAGAUGAAGAGAGACACUGCUGCCCCACUCAGCCUGCGUCAGUGCACAUGUUACUUUUCAACUUGCUCCAGGGCUCCCUAAUGAAAGGAGUAAGGAAGGUAGUAACUAGCCGGACAUGGGCAGUUGGACCAGCACUGAUGAGAUAUCUUCGGAAAGAAGUCCUUCUGAAGGGUUUCUCACCGAGAGGGAUUGAAUGUUUUGUGAGGAAACACCACAACGACCCUAGUAUGGCUGACCGUGUUCUAGAAUCUCUGCAGAGUAACACAGCCUUACUGGGUUUGUGCCACGUCCCUGUACUCUGCUGGAUUGUUUCUAAGUGCUCCAAAGAACUCCUGGACUGUGAUAAAGGUAGUCCACAGACCAUCACAGAUGUUUACCUCAUGAUUCUACAACAUUUCUUCCAUCGCCAGAACCUCCAGGUUCAAGGAACUCUAAGAGCAGGCUGGUUAAAGGAACAUUUUGAUACGGUCAUGCAUCUUGGCCAGCUGGCCUUGGAAGGUUUGGAGACCUCUUGCUAUGUAUUUUCAGGUGCAGAUCUCCAGAGGAGCAAGGUCACCCAAAAGGAUGUCAGUAUGGGCUUUCUUAUCGUCAGCGAGGGUUUUACAGAUGCCUCUAACUGCAACUGCUAUGAAUUCCUGCAUAUCACUUUACAGUGUUUUUUUGCUGCACUUUAUAUUGUCCUCAGUGACAGCAUAGACAAAUCUACCAUCCUCAAGCUUUUUCAGUCCAGCUGUAAGCAGGAAUCCAGUCUUAGAAAAGUGUGUCUAAAACACUGUCUGGAGUCCUCCUUAGAGAAUAGAACCCUCACAGGAGAAACUCCAAACCUCCAGAUCACAGCCAAAUUUGUAUCAGGGCUUCUUUCUCAUCACCAUCGUGACUUUCUUCUGCAGUCCUGUGUGCCCCAAACAUUUGAGUGGAAGACAAAGCAGGUGACGAAAUGUCUGUCCAAAGGUAUACAGAAGCACUUUAAGUCCAUCCCAAAGCCUGUGGAAGGGGAGAAGAAAAGCAUGCACGCCAUGCCAGGUUUCAUGUGGCUCAUUAAGUGCAUUUAUGAGAUGCAAGAGAGCAGCAUAGCCAAGGGAGCUGUGGCUAAGCUGGAGGUGGAACAUCUGAAGCUAACCUACUGUAACAUUGGCCCGGUGGAGUGCACAGCUCUGGCCUAUGUUCUGCAGCACCUGCGGACCCCCGUGGGCUUUCAGCUGGACUACAACUCAGUGGGGGAUGUGGGUGUCGAGCAACUCCUGCCAUGCCUGCACACAUGUCACUCCCUUUAUUUGAGGAACAAUAACAUAUCAGAUGAAGGUGUCCGCAAAAUUGUUGAGAGAGGAAUCCACUGUGACAAUUUUAAGAAGAUAGCGCUUUUCAACAACAGACUAACUGAUGUCUCGACACAGUACUUUGCUCACCUGUUGAAAACGAAGCAGAAUUUCUUGUCUCUAAGACUGGGAAACAACAGCAUUACCUCAGAGGGGGCAGAACAGCUGGCUGAGGGACUGAGAAACAGCCAGUCACUGCAGUACCUUGGGUUAUGGGGAAAUGAAAUAGAGGACAAGGGUGCGGAAGCUCUGGCAAAUGCUCUACAGGACAGUACUACACUGCUGUGGCUAAGUCUGGUGGAUAAUGGUGUGGGUAAUGCAGGAGCAAGGGCUUUGGCUGAGCUCGUCAAAAAAACUCGCACACUAGAAGAGCUAUGGUUAAGCAAAAACCGCAUCGGCAGGGAUGGUGUGGACUGUCUGAUUCAUGCUUUAAAGAUGAACAGCAGCAUUAAGUCUGUGUGGUUGCGUGGCAAUAACCUUAGUCCUGAGGAUGUGGAGGAGUUGACCAAGCAAGAAAGUCGACUAACCUUCUGA